GGAUGGCAGCUGUCUUUCCCCUUCUCGCCCUGUCAUUCUAGUUCCUUGUGGCACUGGGACGGCAAACUUUUGCAAGUUAAAACCUGAGAACUCUUUUUCCUCCAUGGUUCCCUGAAAGGGAGAUGUUGUUAGGACGAGGAAAGAGCUGAGUUUGGAGGAGGACCGCCUGAUGCUUUUGGAAGAACUGAAUCGGCAGCUUGUGUGAGCUUUUAUCCUGGAAGUAUGACCGAAAAAGAGAUUCUUGAACCACCUGCAUCACCCACGUCCGAAGGUGGCAAAGGGCUGCAGAGGCUAAAGAAACUUUUCCAACGCAAGCCCAAGGAGGAGCCCAUCGAGGAGGAACUCCAGGCCAAUGGGGAGCUGGUCACCCCCUCAGGGGGGCCCAUCUACUACUAUGAGGAGGAGGAGGAGGAAGAAGAAGAGGAACCUGAGCCACCACCUGAGCCGGAAAAACCAGUCAACGACAAACCCCACAAGUUCAAGGAUCAUUACUUCAAAAAGCCCAAGUUUUGUGACGUCUGCGCCCGCAUGAUAGUCCUCAACAACAAGUAUGGCUUGAGAUGUAAGAACUGUAAAACCCACAUCCACCAUAGCUGCCAGAGCUAUGUGGAACUUCAGCGUUGCUUUGGCAAGAUUCCUCCAGGUUUUCGUCGUGCUUACAGCUCUCCAUUGUAUAGCGCUCAGCAACAAGCUAACAGAAGUGAUCCUGUGUUUGAGACGCUGCGAACAGGUGUCGUCAUGGCAAAUAAAGAACGCAAGAAAGGACAGGAUGACAAGAAGAAUCCCUUGGCUGCUAUGAUGGAGGAGGAAACAGAGGCCCCUAAGUUAGAGGACAGCAAACAAGAAGAAGGAGGACCCACCUUACCAAACCAGCCAAGCGGCCUCCGGGGCAGGACUGCCAGGCCAGGCCAGGCCAAGGGAGGGGAGGCCAACUGCGGGCACGCUGAAACCUCCUCCGCUGAAGCUAGGAAGGUUGCAAUGGGCCGGAAGAACCCAGAGGGGGUCACUAUGGCCAGCGGCAGAGGGGGGACUGCCAGGCGGGGGCACCUCUCCACAACAGGGAGUUAG